AUGUAUUGUGUACGUCACAUAUACGCAUUUAUAUGCCAUCUACACACAUGCUACACACCAUUUAACAACCAAAUUCAUCCAGAUUGUUUGUUUACAAGAAAUAUGAAUCACCAAACCCUAUCAUAUAGUAUAUAAAUUGAAAGAUUACAUAGUUUACUAUUGAUAUAUGAAUUUCACAUGAAGUAUCUUUGAAAGUUAGGCCUAUUCAUCUUUACAAUAAUUUAUCAUCAUGAUGUUCCUAUAAGGAAUAAAAUUUCCUAUUAUCAACAUAACCUCAAGAAGAUUGAUAAUUUCUCGAACGUUCAGAAUCACCAGUAUUUCACAGCGUUCAGUAAAAAUGGGUGACAUUUUUGAAGGCUAUGAAGAAUUAAGCAUCACAAAGCUGGCUAGCUACGUUGCUUCUGGAGCGAUGAUAUUUGGCGGUGUUGUGCCAUACAUUCCUCAGUAUCGAGAGAUUAAACGUAAAGAGGAUUCUGAAGGGUUUUCACUCUAUGUAUGUCUCGCAUUGCUUAUUGCCAAUACUUUACGCAUCUUAUUCUGGUUUGGAAAGCAUUUCGAAACUCCUCUUUUACUUCAAAGCAUACUAAUGAAUAUAACCAUGUUAGUCAUGAUAAAACUAUGCAUUAGCGUAAAGAACAAAAACCAGAUCAUCAAAGCAAAGGAGAGAGUCUUCACAGAUUUGGACAUUAAAUUCUUUUGGCAAUGGACAGACUUUCAAUCCUACCUGGAUUUUAUACUGCUAUUUGGAGCAGUGGGUGCUGUGAUCACGUAUCUUUUUGUGGAUGUGUUAAUAUUUGUUGAGAUGGUUGGACUGCUCGCAGUUCUAACAGAAGCAAUGCUUGGUGUUCCUCAAUUGCUUCACAACUUCCGUAAUCAGUCAACGGAUGGAAUGAGUAUUACAAUGGUGGCCAUGUGGACCAUGGGCGACACGUUCAAAACAUGCUACUUCAUUGCGCGCGAAGCUCCUAUGCAAUUUGGAAUAUGUGGAGCUCUUCAAGUGAUGGUAAAGGAAUUUGACUACAAUAACGAUGGGCUAAACGAUGCUUUGAAAUUCGAAUUGUGUUUCUUUGCAAAAAUCCCGAUAAAUUCCGUCAGGCUUUUACUAUUCUUCAACUACGAGUUGAGGGAGAGAAAUAAACUGGCAAUGGAAACAAUGGCUGCUCUUCAAUACACAAUACCUACAAAUGUUCAGAGAAUCUCGAUCGUUGGUGAUUUACGAUUGGAUCAGAAAAUUCUAUUGCACAAUCAGGGCAUCCAUGAUAUUUACAAUUAUUCUACAGAUAUAAAUGAUUUUACACUGUUCGAAUUGCUCACAGAAAAUGCAAGAAGGAAAUUCGCGAUUCAAAUUGCAAAUGACAAAUUGACGUGGGAGAGAGGAUUUUCCGUCGAAAAAGAAACUGUCGUACAAACGGAAAUAUUUUAUUCCGAGGAAAUGAUUCACUAUCGGCCUGGACUAUGGGAAGAAUUGAAGUGGGCAUGGAUUCAAUACUUCGCAAUUUUUUUCCUCUUUGCUUCCGUAGGAAAAUAUAUAAUUAAGAUUAUAUUCGUUAAGGGGUAUGUUCGUAGUUAUGUUAUUCCACCAUGGAAAGAGAAGUGAAUGUGAGAUUAAUAAACAAUGUGACAACAUGUACGUAAAAUUAGAUACCUGUAUAAAUCAAUGAUUACGAAUGUUGUACAUGCAUACUGAUCUAAUGUUGCGUGGUAAAAUGUUCUGAUAAACAUCGAUAAUUACGUACUAUAUACUAUACUUGAAUUACAAGAUAUGGCGUGGAUCAUGUAAGAGAAAAUUUUGCAACUGUUGGUUCCACGAUAUUCUAGUUAUCGUUUUGGAAAGCCGGAAGCCUUUUUUCCAACUAGUAAAACAUGUUCCUCAAAAUCAAUUCUGAGAUUAAAAAUAUUUUUUUUGAUUAUUGUGCAAAGUUUUAGAUGGUUUAAGAAUUGUUAGAAUGAAGACAUGCAGACAUAUCGACGUAGUUUCGCUAGAAUAAACGGUUGCGGGUAGUCAGAAAUCGCUAACAUUAUAACUUUUCGAAAGUUACUGCAGAAAAACGGACAAAUUUCAUUGCAUUUUUGCUGCUUUUGAUCCUGCGAUAUUCUGGUUGCCUUAUGUAUUUGAAUUUGUGUGGGUACAUUUCGUAGAAAAAGAUUCAUGCAAAUCGAGACAAAAAUUCUGAGACAAAAUAUUUUUCGUCCCCAAAAACCGCAGCGACAUUCAAUCCUUUGAAUUUUCAUAAAUAAACCUGGCUGAUUUUGAAAGAUUCAUUCAGAUGCUGUAUAGACGUCAUUUCGAGAGAAAUAAUGAUUGCACGUAAUCGACUUACAAUUAGUCUAAAGUCGUGUUUGGUGACUAAAGGUCGUUGGAUAUCGCGCCAUCGUAAUUUCUCGAAAUCGCCGUGCUCUAUCGACUCGUGGCAGCACUGGUGUCUGAUUUUCGCGGAUGAGCAGACGCGCACGCGAAUUUGUACCAGUCGUCAGAACGACUCGCUUCGGAAACGUGUUCACGAUAAGGCCUAAGACCAAUACACAUCUAACGUAAACAGUUCUUGUCAUAGAGAUCGAGAGAACGGCAACGGCUCAAGAUUCUCCGAUCCUUUGACAGUGAACUUCUGACCGAGGGGACGACGACGGCUCAAGAUCGCCCGGUACAGAACACGAAAAUAACGCAAAAACCAACGUAUCAUAUACGCGAGAUUGCAAUGGUGUGAGUCAAACGGGCUACGUACAUUUCAUUAAGCCGAUCUGAUAUCGUGUAAUGAUAGGAUGUACACAUAACGAUAAUACAUGUAAAAUAAGACGUUAUAAUGUCAUGGGUUUUUAUGCCUCAGGCUUUUCCCAUAUGAGCUAAUAAAUGAUAUUACGAUUUGACAGCUCAAUCAUUCUGAGUUAUUAUUCAAAGUCAUAAUAGACCUAGAACUCCCAUCCCAGAUCAUUGAAACCAAUACGAAAAUCCGAAGUAACUUCGAAUUGAAGAAGCUUCGACCAUGCAAGUCGUUUGCCAAGGAUUGAUGUGCAAUUAGUGGUGUAAACAAACCCAAGACGGAGAAAUAGCUAAGAUAUACCUAUGAUAUCAGAUAAUCGCUUGUUCGACAAAAAGCUACUGCCUCAAAAGUAAAAAAAUUAGCAUUUGCAUGAAUGUCAAAAAUUUUCAUUUAUGAAAUGGAAUACAAAAACUCGAAAUUUAAACAUUGAGGGAGAGCGACGAAUCA